CGUUGUUGAAAAAAAGUAUUUGAAAGAAAAAGAUGGCGCCUGAAAAACGUUCGCUCACAGACCAAGACGGUUGCGGUACUGUCGCCGCUGUGGAAACGACGGAUGAGGCCAAUCAUGCAUCCAAACUAAAAUGCUCCCCCUCCUCCUCCCAGGGCAGUGCCCCGCCGCAAAAAUCACCCCGUAUCGAAAUGCAGGCCCCCAAAACGAUGACGCCAGAAACCGGAGAGGAGCAUCCGGACUCAGACCUGCUGGAAAUGGCAUCUGGAAGCGCGGAGAAACCGGCGACGUGUCCGCCAGCCAGUCCCACUACUGCAAGGAGGAAAUCCUGGAGGAGAGCCACCAUGACAAGACGCUCCCUGCCUACACUUCCCAACCCGUAUCAGACUUUGUGCAGGAACAUCAGCACAUCUUUAUCACAGCAAGAGAGGUUGAGUCUAUUGACGGAGGCUGCCAUGAAGCUUGCCAUUGACAGACUUCAAAAUCCACUCAAAUCAGUGACAAAUUCAUCUCCAGAGGUUUUUCAAAAACAAGUUGAAAACUUGCAGACGGAGUGGCACUCUCUGACCCAAAGCACAAGCAAUGAACAAAUACCUGACAGUGCAGCAAGAUGUGACGAUCUUGCAAUGCGGACAGCUACGGAAAAAUUUGUGAAUACCACUAACAGGCUUCAAGCUGAAAUUGAGUCCUGGGAAGGACUCUUACAAAAACACCAGAGUAGGGCAGAAGAACUAAAAAGGAAAGUGGCUCAGGGCCAUAAGAAGGCCGUCUCCUUAGAUCACACAUGUUUGGCCUCAUCUUCACAAUACCAGUUCAUUCGAAAUAAGCCCGACUACCACAGCCUCCUCUGUAGGCAGCAACCCGUCAUGCACACAAUGGCAGCAAUUAUGGAUACUCAGUGUAAGAUAGUCCGAGAACUUCAGUCCAUCAAGGAGCAGUCACAGCUGAUCGUGAAAGAGACCAGUGGUCGACUGGCGGCUCAAGCUGGAUUCCGGGAUCAUUCCGCCGACAUCAUUAAGGAACUUGUGAUGGCACCUUUCCCGUCCACAGCCACAUAAGGGCCUUAAAUGGAGGCAAGCCCUCAAAGGACAUUGUAUAUAAAUAUAUGUAUAUAUUUUUUUUGUGGGGUGGAGUCAUUUUGACUUUUCAAUAUAUUUGAUAGUGUGAACUAUGCCUGUUCAUACGUAAACAGCUGAUAGUUGAUGUAAUUCAGUUAUGUGACCAGCAGCUGGCAGUAUGCAUCUUAAAAUAAUGCAAAGUUGCAAGCUGCUAUAGCUUCAUGAAAUGCCUCCUCACCUCCUAAAAAAAAAAAAAAAAAUUAAAUCCCAGAGACUCUUAUAAGACUAGACAAAUGAGUGCAUGCAUGGUGUCAAUUUCAAAGAAAUGUACCAUAUAUAUUUUUUGCAGUAGUACAAGUAGUAGAACGACCA